AUGAGACAAAAAGAAACAAGUCAGCGUUACAUCAUAUUCUCUGUUCCUCUUCCCUUUUUAGUGCUUAUUUCACUUAUCCGAGUCGGACAAGCUCAAGUGUUUAAACCAGUUCUGUCUGUGGAGCCGAAUUCACCUCAAAUAUUCAGAGGAGACACGGUUACACUCACAUGUAGGAUUUCAGGAGGAAAUGGACCGUACCACUGGAACAAAGAUGGUGGUUAUAGUCACAGUUCUGCUGAAAAUUACUACACUAUAAAAGUAGAUCAGAGUCACAAAUACAGAUGUUACGGGUCUAUUGAUGUACGGUCAACGCCAUGGAGUAAUGAAGUGACUCUCUCAGUGAUAGAGAGACCAAAAGCCGUUCUGACUCUGCAGCCUGAUGGACAGAUAUUCAGUGGACAGGAAGUCACUUUCACAUGUGAAAUACGAGGACAUGCUGACACUGAGUGGAUGUACAACUGGAAUAAAGAUGGUGUCCAAAUAUCCUCCUACACUGAGAGCAGGAAAUAUUCAUUCACUGCUGUAGAGUCUCUCAGCGCUAAAUACACCUGCAGCGGACGGAGAAGAAGCGACUCUCAGACCUCAGAGACCAGCAACACUGUUACACUCACUGUGUCUGUUCUAUCAGAUGGAAAAGCUCCACUGUCGGUACUGAAGCUCCUCAGCAGUGCAGUAGCGGCCUCUCCGUAUGUGCUGGUGACCAUCAUUCUGGCAGUGAAAUGUUACAGAGCUCGAACUGACCCUGAUGAGGACAACAGACCGUACAGAGUGAUAGAAACUGAAGCGUCUGUCAGUCUCAGGUGUUUACAUUAUUUUAUCAUCUAGCUUUUAUAUAACAGCAGCUCCCCGUGCAACAGAGAACACUGCAUUUAGCCCAUGGAGCUGUAACGUGGUGAACGAACGACUCUGACCCGAGGACUCGAGAGCUGAAUUAAUCAUUUCUGUUUCCAGGGAACAGACGUGAGAAAUGCGACGUGACAAAAGAAAGAAUGACUUGGAUCGGGAGGUGAGGUGAACUAACAGACUGUAUAGCCUGAAGACCUAAUGCUAAGCUAUUAAUUAAUCAUUUCUGUUUCUCAUAAUUUGGCCUUGGCUGCAAUAGCCUAUAUUUUAUUUUUUAUUCUAAAUGUGAUCGUUUGCGUAAGUACUAGAUGUGUUGGUGAAUUUAACAUGUAACAUUUUAAUUAUAUUCUGCUGAAAUGAAAGAAAUGACUUGAAAAAAGAUUUGUUCAUUUUGCUGAACGAGAUUCAAAGAUCCGAGUCAAAUAUGGUCCGAACUUCCCAUCACUACUGCUCACUGCAGAGCCAAAUAGAUGGAGCUGGACGUCUAGCUCCACCUCUCUUGAUCUAGUCUAGUAAUCUAUGGAUCUAGUCUAGUUCCACCUCUAUGGCUCAUUUUGCCAUCUACUGGCUGUUAACAUCAAUGCAAGCCCUUCAUUAGAUCAAACUUACCUAAAGGGGAAAAAAUGUUGAUUGUUAAUGCACGAAGUUUAGGUCAAAGUAACCAUGAGACUUGCAUGGAACUGGAGAUGCUGGCAUAGCUAAUACUGCCUUACCUUUCUUUAACAUUUUUCAUGAUUUCAUGAUUUUUCUGCACUGUUUCUGUGACAAACUGCAUGACUAGACUACCUUCUUUUUCCCCCACUGUAUUAAGGCUAUGUAAGCUAUUUGUGAAUUUUCUCAGUCAUGUGAUUCAUUAAUGUAAUAAAGUGUGCUCCUAAUAUGCUCUUUGCUUUUAAACAUGGGAACUGAGUUACCCUUGCAGGUGUGAU